UGAAAUGUCGAGAAGGGGAGAAAGAAAAACCUUCUCAAACAAUUCAUGUGUUAAAGGGAUUUCAAAAAAGGGAAUAAUAAUAAUAACAAUAGUAAGGCCCAUGUUCGGUUAAUUUACGGAUACAAUGCAAUCUGGUGUCGUUUCAAAUUUGCCUGAGCCCUUGAGGGUCCAUUACAAAAGCAACCAGUCCGCCCGAUGCUUUAAGCCAUCUGCCUUCCUUCACGAAGAUGGAAUAUGCGUCUGAAAGGUGCCACUUCCUACAUAAUUCCCAAGCUUCACCGUCUCUCUUCCAUGAAAGAACUGGAACAGGCUCAAGCUUUUAUCGUCAAAACCGGUCUCUGUAAUCACAUUACUAUUAUGACGAAGCUAAUUGCAUUCUCAUCUCUUUCUCCAUCUGGAAGUCUCCCUCAUUCUCAUGCUCUUUUCCAAGAGACUUCCAUGGACGAUUCUUUCAUUUGUAACACCAUGAUUAGAGCCUAUUCCAACAGUGUUUUUCCCGUUAAAGCUUUGCUUAUUUACAACCAUAUGCAACGAAUGGAUGUUCAUUCUGAUCAUUUCACCUACAAUUUUGUGCUCAAGGUUUGCGCAAGAGCUAUCAAAUGCACUGAAAAGGACGACCAAUGUUUUGGGCAUGAUAUCAUUUCUCGCAAGGGUGCUGAAAUUCAUUCCCGCGUCCUGAAAUUGGGGCUUGAUCAAGAUCACCACGUUCAAAAUUCAUUGCUUCUAAUGUAUUCUGCAUGUGGUUUGGUAGUGUUUGCUCGUUUGAUUUUCGAUGAAAUGACUAUGAGAAGUGCUGUUUCCUGGAACAUUAUGGUGUCGGCUUAUAAUCGAGUUCAUGACUAUAAGUCAGCGGAUGUUCUUCUUGAAUUGAUGCCUCAGACAAAUGUAAUAUCUUGGAAUACCGUGUUGGCACGAUAUAUUAGGUUGAAUGAUCUUGUAGCAGCACGGAAAGUGUUUGAAGAAAUGCCUGAGAGGGACGUUGUAUCAUGGAAUUCUAUUAUUGCCGGGUAUGUGAAGGUCAAAGAUUAUAAGAGAGCUCUGGAGCUCUUCCAUAGCAUGAAACAGUCGAACAUUCGAGCAACCGAAGUAACGUUUAUUUCUAUAUUGGGCGCUUGUGCUGAAAUGGGUGCAUUGGAGAUGGGGAAGAAAAUCCACGAGUCCUUGAAAGAGAAGCAUUACAGAAUUAAAGGAUAUUUAGGUAAUGCCAUAGUAGAUAUGUACGCUAAAUGUGGGGAACUGCACUUAGCUUUGGAGGUAUUCAAUGAAAUGGAGAUGAAGCCUGUAAGUUGUUGGAAUGCGAUGAUUAUGGGUUUGGCAGUUCAUGGUCACUGUGAGAGAGCCUUGGAGAUGUUUGAUUCCAUGAAGGCGGAGCACGAUUAUCAAAAACCCAAUCGGAUAACUUUCAUUGCUCUUCUGAUUGCCUGUAGUCACAAGGGUCUGGUGGCAGAAGGACGCCAUUUUUUUAAUCUGAUGAUUACCAAAUACAAGAUAACGCCGGAUUUAAAGCACUAUGGUUGCAUGAUUGACCUUCUUAGCAGAUGGGGUUUUUUGCAAGAAGCCUACGUUAUGAUAAAAACUUGCCCUUUCAGUUCAUGCUCUAUUCUAUGGAGAACGUUGUUGGGUGGUUGUAGGGUACACAGGCAUGUAGAAUUGGGCGAGGAAUCGUUCCGCAAACUUGCAGAGUUGGAGCCAGGGAAGGAUGGGGAUUAUGUACUUUUGUCAAACAUCUACGCCGAAGAAGAGCGGUGGGAUGAUGUGGAGCGACUGAGAAACGAGAUGAUUGAUUAUGGAGUUUGUAAGAAAGCUGGAUCUAGUCACGUUUAAAUUCAAUGGCUCAAGGGUUCUGCAGGGUACGAGCUGAGGGCACUCCAUCAUGUUAAUGUUCAUAUCCACGGGUGGAUUUUUGGGUACAGUUUUAGUUGACCACACUGUUUAUUGUUUACGGAGUUUGUGAGUUUGUAUGUUUGUUACUGUUUGCAUAGUCCUCCAUACUGCACAGGGCUCCUGGGGACCCUUCUGAAGUAGGGAAAAAAAGGAUGGACCAUCAUGAAUUAGGCCCAAUUUCGCCAUUUCUGAUAUAUUUUUCAGUCAGUUCGUGGGGCUCAGCCACUGCUGUAGUGAUGGACCUUUAAUAUUAAUAUUGUCGUUUUCAAAAUUUAUUAGAAAAAUAUUGUUAUUUUGAAACUUAGAAAUAUUGUUGUUUUGAAAGUUCAAGACUAGAAGUCGAGGGUUGAGAAUUCGACUAAUGUAGAGGUCGAACGUUGAGAACUCGACAAACAAAGAAAAACUUGAAAACAAUAUGUGAUGAGGAAGUUUUGACAUACAUAAGUCAAAACUUCAACCCUCGACAAGGAAGAUAAGUGGGUGAAACUAAUU